AUGGAAAAGCUUAUUCCCAUUAUCAACAGAUUGCAAGAUACCCUAUUAUCUGCAAAUAUUCCAAAUUCAAUCAGUUUGCCUCAAAUUGUCGUAGUCGGAUCUCAAUCAUCUGGCAAAAGCAGCGUUUUAGAAAGCAUUGUAGGAAGAGAUUUUUUGCCCCGAGGUUCAGGGAUUGUAACUCGAUGCCCUUUGCAGCUGAAACUUGUACGGAUAAAUGAAGAUGAAGAGUAUGGAGUUUUCUCUCAUGUGGGCGACUGCAAGUUUACUGAUUUCAGUCUGAUUCGUGACGAAAUUAUUAAUAGAACCCAAGAAUUAACAGGAAAUGGGAAAAUUUAAGUUAAAUAAAAGUGAAACUGACCAUAAACUGAUAAUCAGUAACCUUUAACUAUUUUAGCUCAAAAAAGUCAGCCUCUCAGGCCUCUAUAUUUAAAUGAGCAAAAUGGGAGGCUGACAUUUUGGAACUACCUUUCAAAGGGAUUAGCUUCCUAGAGCCAUCUUCUAAAUGAUGCCUCUACGUUUCCGACAAGUAAAGACCAUAUGAUAUGUAAAACCUGUUAGGGACAGGAAAACCUCCGGGAAGAAACUAAGCAACCUUUUUGCAAGCUUCCGUUUGAGAUGGUCUGCUUCGCUCACUAAAAGCAUAUUUUGCUACCUAUUGUUCCAUUCCACCGCUCUACCAUGAGGUUAAUAUCAGAGUCCAAUUUUUGAAACAUCACUAUUUUAUUUUGUUAAAUGGGAAAGGAAUCACAACAAAACCAAUUGAUCUGACUAUCUAUUCACCAAAAGUGCUUGAUAUUAGUUUACACCCCCUCUUCUUGAGCGAACAAAAUCAUUGGAAAAUAUUUUUUAGGUAAAAACCCCUCUGUGAGUGAACAAAGUUUUUUUUAUGAAAAAUAUUUGAUAUAUAAGUGAUAAUUAUUAUAAAGAAAUCUCUAGCCAAUUCGGUUUAAUUUUAAAUAGCUUGCAAUUAAAAACAAAAUUUUGCAAAUUUAAUUAAUUUUUACUACUCAAUUUUUUUUAAAUCUCGAAAAAAAAAAUUAUUAUAAAAUUUAUAGAUAGGUUUUUUUUUCGCUCAAGGAGGGGGAAGUUAGUGGAUUUGCCUGGAAUUGUGAAAAUUUCUGUUUCAGGGCAAAGUGAAGUGAUUGCAAAACAAAUCAGAGAAAUGAUUAUUGAGUAUAUUCAAAAUCCAAAUGCUAUUAUAUUAGCUGUUUCUCCUGCUAAUAAUGAUCUAGCUAACUCGGAUGCUCUGCAUAUUGCACAGAUGGUAGAUCCUAGAGGAGAAAGAACUUUAGGGGUACUAACAAAAAUCGAUAUUGAAUCUUCAACGCUAUAGCAUGCCUUGAAGUACGCCUCUUACAAGGUAACUUAGAGCACUGAUGAGUCAUCUAAAGGUGACAAGCCAACUCCAAGUUGGCAAAAGCACAUCCUUUUGCAAUAAUUUGUCAACUUGGAGCUGACUUGUCACCUUUAGAUGACUCAUCAGAGAUCCAAGUUUAACUAGAAGAAGUGUGCUUCAAGCCAAGUAAUAGUGGUGAAGAUGCUAUAUUAUGGAUAGAGGUACAGACGCUCUGAGCAUGCUGAAUGGAUCUGUUUUUCCUCUAAGAUUAGGAUACGUAGGGAUUAUUUGUAGAAGCCAAGAAGACAUAAAUAAUGGGAUGCCGAUGGACAUUCAUUCGCAAUUAGAAGAUAGAUUUUUCAAGGAAAGUCCUAUCUAUGGAAGAAUUUCAGACAGACUUGGAGUACGCUAUUUAAGAACAAGGCUAAAUAAACUGCUUAUGGACCAUAUAAAUAACACGAUUCCAGAGGUUAAAAAAAAUAUCAUGGAUUUGCUGCAAGCAGUAGAAUCAGAACUAGAAUCCUAUGGACAGAUUAUCAAUGAAAAGGAAGAGAAAUCUGCAUUUUUGCUAACCAUUAUUCAAAAAGUUGUAAAAAGCUACCAAGAUAAUAUUGCUGGGAAAAACCUAAAAAAUGUAACAGAAGAACUGCUCGGAGGUGCAAGGAUUAAUUAUAUUUUUCACUCAAUUUUUAAAAAUAUGAUUAGCAGCAUCAAUCCUCUCGAUGAAGUGUCAGAUCAAGAUAUUAGAACAGCUAUUAUGAACUCCAGCGGACUACGAGGGUCAUUAUUUGUCCCGGAAACUGCUUUCGAAGUCUUAAUUAAGCAGCAAAUCCCUAGACUUAAAGAUCCCAGUCUAAGAUGCAUGAGCCUUGUAUAUGAAGAGCUCAAACAGAUUAUAUAUAAGCUCGACAUCCCAGAGCUCGAAAGAUUCUCCAAUUUAAAAGAAAAGGUUAGCGAAGUCAUCAACAAUUUAUUGUCAAGAUGUCUUGAGCCUACUGGACACAUGAUUUCUGACAUAGUAGAAGUAGAAAUGGGCUACAUCAAUUCCAAGCAUCCACAAUUUAUAGGCGGGACAAAUGCCAUACUUGAGCUCCAGAACGUCAUAAAAUCUCCUUCACAAGAUAUGCUUAUUGAUAAAAAACCUGUCACACCUGUGCCUGCAAGAAGAGAUGAAACACCUCCACCUUCAUCAUCAUUUUGACCUUUUUCGAGAAGCCAAACCAGACCACAAAGAGAGCUCAAAUUUGAAGACUUAGAAAAUGAACGUCAAGACAAUUCUGGUCCUCCAAUGAGAAUAAGAGCAAAUAUGAAUCCAACACAAGAAGAAUCCCAGCAAACCGAGCUGAUUAAAAUUUUGAUAAAAUCCUAUUACAAUAUUGUGAAAACAAAUGUCUCUGAUUUGGUUCCAAAAACAAUUAUGGGAUUUUUGGUAAACAAAUCAAGAGAAGAACUUCAAAGAGAGCUUGUUAAAGAACUCUACAAAGAUAAUCUAUACGAUGUGCUAUUAGAAGAAGGUGGAAAUAUCGGUCCCAGAAGAGAGAAGUGCAUCAAGAUUGGGAAAGGGCUUAGAAAAGCUAUAGAUAUCUUGAAUGAAGUUCGAGAAUACAGAAUUUCAGAUUAA